GUUUAGAGAAAAUACAAACAAAACGCAACUGGGUAGUCGAAGCAUCGAUCAGUAGUGAACAGACAACAACUUGAACAGACAAUGGUUAGAAACAAUGUGUCCCUGUUUCUGAUGUUCCUUCUUCCAAGUAGUACUCUUCUACAAAGAGGUUGCGACAGCAGCACGUCUAUUGUUGAACUUGAGGUGUUGAUAGAAGUUCGUAGUGCAUUGAGUACAUUAAACGAGCGCAUGAAUUAUCUGCAGGAUAAAGUAGAAGACAUGGCAACAAGUUUACAAAAUAAACUGACUACAGUCGACUCAAAAGUUGAAAAAAAUAUCAAAGCAGUGACAGAAAAUAUAAAAUCACUUCAAACUGAAUAUCAAAAAGUCAACAAAGUUGUCGAAAAUAAAUUUAAUAUGCAGGAUUCUGAGUCCAAUAGUGGCAUUAAAGAAGAGUUAAAGCAAGUGAAAGAUUUAAUAACGAACCAAAUCGAAAAGCAAACGCUGCACGGGAAGCUCAACGACAUUAAAGAUAAAUUACUAAACGUUGAAAAGCAGUUGAAUAACAAACGAACUCUGGAUGAAGAAGUUCACUUCUUUAAAAGUCAAUUGAAAGACAAGACAGAUAAUUUCACCAUCGAAAUCCAUGAGUGUAAACAUUUACCAGGAGACUGCAAAGACGUCCAAGAAAGAGGUUACAAGGAAUCUGGAAUUUAUCGCAUUCAGCCUAGACUAUCCAAUGAUUCUUUUUUGGUUUGGUGCGAUAUGAUGACACGAGGUGGUGGAUGGGUUUCAGUUUUAAAGAGAGUUGAUGGAUCCCAAGACUUCUAUUUAAAUUGGAAUGAGUACAAAAACGGGUUUGGAUCUCUCCCAGGGGAACAUUGGGUAGGUCUGGAUCACUUAUCCGAGUUAACGAAUAGCCAACGCAAUGAACUGUUAGUUGAACUGGUCGAUUGGGACUUGAAGAACGUUUCCGCUCUUUACGAUUCUUUUAUAGUUGGGAAUGAAUCUACGGGGUAUGUUUUAGAGAGUCUGGGUGACUACACUGGCGAUGCUGGAGACUCAAUGGCAAAUCAUCUUGGUAAAAAAUUUAGUACUCUCGAUCGAGAUCAAGAUGAGAAUGCCGACAAGGAAUCAUGCUCCGUUUUUUUUCAAGCUGGAUGGUGGUUUAAGAACUGUUACUUCACGCUUUUAACCGGACGCUACGUUAAGCCCAAACCAGGUGUUAAUUAUCAGUAUAAAUCUACUAUAAAGUGGAAGGAUUUUCAUGGAUAUAACUACAGCCUUAAGGCAGCAACUAUGCUGAUUAGACCAAUAUAUGUAUAAUUAUAAAUUAGAUAAAAAAAAAUAAUAAUGGACAGUUACGUCCUUUUUACUACUUAGUACAUACUAUGAAGGAAUUGACGAGUUUGUCCAAAAAACUAUUUAUAUUUUAUUCUCCCUGAUGAGGAAACGAGGGGGUUUCCAUUUAAAUAAUUUUAUAGACUUAUUAAUUUUAUACAAUCAUUGACUUUUUAAACUUUGCUUAAAUCUUAAUACCUUUUUAUAUUACGUCUACUAAACUCCAAAGAAAUGGUAAAUUAGGACAAUGAAGACAAUAAUAAAAAAUACAAAAUAAGUUAUUUAUUUAUAAUUUGUAAAGAAAUUUCACGCAACAUGUAAUAUAAAACAUUACACAAUAAUAUAUACAAAAACGUCCCUUAGAGAUUCAAUUUUAUACAAUUACUCAGUAAUUAUGCCAGCCUCAGCCCACUCAACCAAUGAGAUCAAAAUAAAUAAUUGCAUCCAAA